AUGACCAAAUCCAACCAACAUGCACGCAGCUUACUACUCAUCCCCAAACCAAAUUAUCGGUAUUUCUGCCCCUCAUCACCAAACCGUACACGUCUACCCACCAAUGAUGUCGCUUCAUGCUCCGUGAGCUCCGUGGUAAAAACGCGAAUGGGGGGAGUGAAUUUGAUUGGUGAGGAAAUGGAGAUGGAAAUGGGAAUUCGAUGGAGGGAAAGGAAAAAUGUUGAUGUAAGAUUAGAUGUGAAAGUUCAAGUAAAAGGAAAAGGAAGAGAAGAAGAAAAAGAAGAUGUUACACUUACUGAUACUCGAGGGAGAAAUGAAAAGGAAUUGGAAAAGAAAGUAGAGAGAGAAAAAUCAGUAGAUGAAAUUUGGAAUGGAGUUUGGACUUGA